AUCUUUGGACCUUGUCCGUUCCGAUGGAAGUCGAUUCGGGUUAAAUUUCGAAUAGUAAACGAUAUCAUCGCUCAUUGCAACAGGUGAUUUUGUGUUGGCAUCAGUGCGGGUCAAAGUCGAGAGGAACUCGACGUUUCUGGUGCGGUGUAUUUCACUCUUCCCCGGUUCGUGUUUUUUUACUUUUUAUAAAAACUGUUCUAAAACAAGUAUCACCCUCGAAAUGGCAACGUAUUUAGCAAAAAAUAUAUUAAGAAGCCCCACCGCGUUAGCUUUAACACAACAAACGGGCGUAAGAGCUUUUUCAGUUGGGGCUCAAUUAUAUAUACCUAGGAAAAGCGCUCCAGAUAGAACGGGGAAGAAUAUUGUUCUUGUCGAUGGAAUAAGAACACCGUUUUUAUUAUCUGGAACUGAUUAUUCGCAGCUUAUGCCACAUGAUUUAGCCAGACAAGCUUUACUUGGUAUUGCAAAGAAAACUGGAAUUGAUAAAGAUAUUGUUGAUUACAUCAUUUAUGGAACUGUUAUUCAAGAAGUAAAAACAUCCAACAUUGCUAGAGAAGCUGCUUUAGCAGCCGGAUAUAGUGAUAAAACUCCAGCUCAUACAGUCACAAUGGCUUGUAUCUCUUCCAAUGUUGCAAUGACCACCGGAAUUGGAUUAAUAGCCUCUGGAGCUUAUGAAACUAUUGUAGCUGGUGGGGUUGAAUUUAUGUCUGAUGUUCCAAUUAGACAUAACAGAAAAAUGCGUAACUUCAUGUUGAAAGCAAAUAAAGCAAAAACAUUACAACAAAAAUUACAAUUAUUUUCUAGUAUAAGACCUGAUUAUUUUGUUCCUGAGCUUCCAGCUGUUGCCGAAUUUUCAUCAGGAGAAACCAUGGGUCAUUCAGCAGAUCGUUUAGCAGCGGCAUUCGGCGCUACAAGAAAAGAACAAGACGAUUUCGCCUUAAGAUCCCAUUCAUUUGCACAUCAAGCUCACCAAAAAGGCUAUUUCACCGAUAUGCUCCCUGUGACUAUAACGGGAGUUUCAAAAACGAUCGAUCGCGAUAACGGAAUUAGAGUUUCAACCCCCGAUCAAUUAGCCAAGUUGAAACCGGCCUUCAUUAAACCACACGGAACCGUGACGGCAGCUAAUGCUUCCUUUUUAACGGACGGCGCGUCCGCUUGUUUAAUCAUGCCCGAAGCGAAAGCUAAAGCUUUGGGAUUAAAACCAAAGGCGUAUUUACGCGAUUUUAUUUAUGUUUCCCAAGAUCCCGUUGAUCAAUUACUUUUGGGGCCGGCUUAUGCCACACCUAAAGUACUUGAGAAAGCUGGAUUAACUUUGAAGGAUAUUGAUGUUUGGGAAUUACAUGAAGCUUUUGCGGGUCAAAUUAUUGCAAAUAUAAAAGCCAUGGAUAGUGAUUGGUUCGCUCAAAAAUAUAUGAAUCGUCCUAAAAAAGUCGGUUCUCCCGAUAUGGAUAAAUUUAAUUCAUGGGGUGGUUCUUUGUCUAUUGGUCAUCCUUUUGCAGCAACUGGUGUUCGAUUGGCUAUGCAUACCGCUCAUAGGCUUGUUCGUGAAGAUGGACAAUUUGGUUUAGUUGCAGCUUGUGCAGCUGGUGGUCAGGGUGUUGCAAUGAUUUUGGAACGACAUCCAGAUGCAGUAGCGAUUUAAUAAGAAUAAGUAUAAAAUUGUCCCCCACACCAUUUGUGUUGGUGCCUUACAUGUAUUUAUACAAUUUAAUAUUUUUAUACAAAAGUAGCAAUCAAUUACUGUUUGUGUUUUCUUAAAAAAAAAUGUAAAUAAAUAAUUAAUGCGUUGCGCCUC